AUGGUGAUCGCUCUGAUACUGGCAUUCAAUCAGCAGUUUAGCGAGCAUGUGGUGUAUGUGAUCAUCGAAGCCAUGCAGAAUCGGCCCACAGCCAAAGUGUUCACCGAGAAGCUCUUGUUGGUCCUCAAUCGAGAAGAUGAUCCAACGCGACUGCUUAAGCAUCACAAUGAGCACAUGAACACGGUGCUGCGCAUGUUUAUUGACAUCUUCAGUCAUCCGGACGCGGCUGGCAUGUUUUAUACAAACCAUAUCAAUGACCUCAUCGAUAUUGUGGUGCGUCAACUUUCCGAUCUGGAUGCGGGCAAUGUGUUAAGUAAUAAUAUAUGUAUUAUAUAA